GGAAGGAAGCGGAAAUAAACGUCGAGAAGCGUCUGCUACCAGCUAGCUUCAGGCUCACAGGACGGGGCUUGUAAGCGACGGUAUACACACUGUGGGGGUAUCUCUUUAGAGGAAGCUCGGAGAGCGGCGGACACAUCAGCGUUUUCCCCCCUUCUUUACCCGGGCUGCGUCGAAACGGAAUACUACAAGUGGUACUGCACUGUGACCUUUAUGUGAGGUCCAAGCCCUAAAGGAGCGGGUCAUCGACGGGAGGAGAGACUCGGAGAAAAGCUUUUGAACCACGGACGCCCGGGAAUAACGCGACACGUAGAAGAGUAGCCGCCGCCGCCGCCGAGCUGUUUUGCAGUGACUCCCGGAGACCAUGGAGGCCAUCGCCAAAUACGACUUUAAAGCGACCGCGGAUGACGAGCUUAGUUUCAAACGCGGGGAAGUCCUCAAGGUGUUAAACGAAGAGUGCGACCAGAACUGGUACAAGGCAGAACUAAACGGAAAAGACGGAUUCAUCCCCAAGAAUUACAUAGAGAUGAAAGCCCAUCCGUGGUUCUUCGGGAAGAUUCCCCGUGCCAAAGCAGAGGAGAUGCUAAACAAGCAGAGGCACGACGGGGCGUUCCUCAUCAGAGAGAGCGAGAGCGCACCAGGAGACUUCUCCCUCUCUGUAAAGUUUGGAAAUGACGUCCAGCACUUCAAGGUCCUUCGUGACGGGGCUGGAAAGUAUUUCCUUUGGGUGGUGAAGUUCAACUCCCUUAAUGAGCUGGUGGAUUACCACCGCACCACUUCGGUCUCCCGCAAUCAGCAAAUCUUUCUGCGAGACAUAGAGCAGAUCACCCAGCACCCCACAUACGUGCAAGCGCUCUUCGACUUUGACCCCCAGGAGGAAGGCGAGCUGGGUUUCAGACGCGGCGACUUCAUCCAGGUGCUGGACAACUCCGACCCCAACUGGUGGAAAGGAGGCUGCCACGGCCAAACGGGCAUGUUCCCCCGCAACUACGUCACACCCGUCAACCGGAACAUGUAAAAAAAAAAAAGAGAGGGGGGGAAAAAAAAGGAAGGAAGAAAAGAAGAAAAAAAAAUCCGACCAACACAACAGCAACCAUCACCACCAUCAUUUUCACCAAUUGUUCUUGAUCUCAUCUACACCCCACCAUCCAACCUCCAAGCAACCCCUCACCUCUCUGGGCCGUCCCACGGUGACAUAAAAGAACAAGAAGAAGGCAAAUAACUGAGAGAGAGAGAGAGAGAGAAAACAGGAGCGGAGCUGCCGUAGGCGUAGCGAUGUGGGCGGCAGCAGAGCCAAACCGACCUCUAUCCGUGCCGAGAAAGUUCACCUCCCUGCUGAACGCCUCGGCGAGGACUGAACUGUCUUGAGGGAAAUCAAAAUGCAGAAGAAAGGAAAAGAGAGAGGGGGGGUAAAAAAAAAAAAAGAAAGAAAACCCUAAAGCAUAGCGCACCAACCGUGAAGAUAACCAUACGGUCGAACCGCUCCCACAGCUGCUUCCGUCUUCUCCACUUCUUCUUCUUCUUCUUCUUAACAUUCUGCCCGUCGUCUUCUUCGCCGCAUGUUGUUUUAAUCAUGUCCGCCGGUUGUCUACCGAUUUAAAAUCGUAACCUCGUUUUAAAGAAAACUGUAAAAAAAAAAAAAUGUAAAAAAAAAUUUGGGGGAAAAAAAAAAAGAGAGAAAUAAACUGAGAAGAAACUUUUAAAUAAUGUACAAAGAAAAGAGGGAGAAGCGACGGCACUUCCACGUCACAGCUAGUCUCCACGCUUAAGACCGUUGGCAUGUGAGCGUUGUACAUCAGUUGUCGGCUUUAUAAAUGAAUCGCGUAUAGAGAGAAUCCAUUUUUUUAAGAAUAUAUAUUAUAUAUUUGUAUGUUUUUUUUUUUUUUUUGUCUGUUACCUCUCUCCACAAAUUGCUUUCCAUUUGUAAAUUAUGUUUGAUCUUUUGAGUCUAGAUAUAUAAAAAAAA